AUGGAGUGUCAGGACCAUCAGAAGGUGUUGUUUGCUACUCACAUGCUAGCAGAUGAGGCGGAGUACUGGUGGGAGAACACUCACCCACGUUUAGAGGGAGCAGGUGGUGUUGUUGUCCAAUGGGAGACUUUCAGACAAACUUUUAUGGAGAAAUAUUUUCCAGAAGAUGUGAAGAAUAGGAAGGAGAUGGAGUCUCUCGAGCUGAAACAGAAAAGUAUGACGGUGGCAGAGUAUGCGGCGAGGUUUGAGAACCUUGUAAGAAUCUUUGAUGAAGAUCAGUGGGAGAAGGCUGCUUUUUCCAGGAAUGUCAAUGCUAGUCAUGGGAAAGAGAAGAAGCUUGUGACUCACAGUCGUGCUAAGCCAUAUUCUGCCCCUCCCGGGAAAUAUGGAAACCAUUCUGGAGGACUGAGGACCAGUGGAGGACUUCAACUAGUUGGUGGGAGUUCUCAGCCAAUUAACAGGGUGUCUCAGUCUGCGGGUAGAGGUAAUGGUGGUAGUGGUGCUCCUGCUAUUGUUACUACACCACUCAGUACCAGUUGCCCAUAUCCGAGGAGGGAGAAGAGGAGUGGAAGUCUGAAUAAUCAGAGUGGACGACCAAGGACCACAGGGAGAGUGUUUGCUCUUAGUGGUGCUGAUGCCGCACAGUUUGAUGAACUCAUCCAAGGUGAUAUGUUUUUGUCUGCUAACCAAGUUGAGGCAUCUUUGAGGGAGGAUGCACGGAUAUACAUGAUCUUAGCUAGUAUGAGUGUCGAGACUACAAACCCUGUGAGUGAUAUACCAUUGGUGAGAGAGUUUCCAGAGGUGUUUGAGGAGGUGUCAGGAUUACCACCAGAGAGAGAGGUUGAGUUCUCUAUAGACCUAGUGCCCGGUACUGGACCCAUAUCCAUAGCACCUUAUAGGAUGUCCCCUAUGGAGUUGAGUGAGCUUUAG